AUGGACAACAAAAGACUGUAUAACGGCAACCUAUCCAACAUCCCUGAGGUUAUAGACCCUGGGAUCACAAUUCCGAUUUAUGAAGAGGACAUUAGAAAUGAUAUUCCACUGAAUGCAAGCUCUCGUUCUGCGGGCGUAUCUGACAAGAGAACCCGUUCUAAUUCUACUUCCCCACAGAAAAUUGGUUCAUAUCGCACUCGUGCAGGCAGAUUCUCUGAUACUAUUACCAAUCUCCUUCCUUCUAUUAGCGCUAAAUUGCACCAUUCAAAAAAAGCUACACCUGCAGUGGUUGUUUCUCCCACUAGCAGCACUCCGGAGAGUUUAAAUUCCAUAACAUACGCUCCUAGAGUGUCCAAUGAUUCUUUUACGAUAGCAACUCCGCUAUCUCUGCAAUCCACUACUACCAGAACAAGAACAAGAAAUAAUACCGCAUCCUCUCAAAUUACCGCCAACUCUUCUUCAACGAGUGGUGUAACUAAUCCCACUAAUGCAAAUAUUUGGAGUGCAAAUGCGGAAACUAAUACGUCAUCUAGUCCCCUGUUUGAUUAUCCGCUUGCCACUUCUUAUUUUGAGCCUUUGACCAGAUUUAAAUCCACUGAUACCUAUACCUUGCCUCAGACAGCUCAAUUGAACAGUUUUUUGGAGAAAAAUGGAAAUUCCAACAUAUGGUUAAAUGCGGGCAAUAAUACUACCGACCAUCUUAACACUCCAAUAGUGAAUAGACAGCGUUCUCAAUCUCAAUCCACUAUAAACAGGGUUUAUACUGAUGCGCCGUACUAUCAGCAACCUGCACAGAAUUACCAGGUCCAGGUGCCUACCAGAAUUCCAAAAAGUGCACCUCUAUCCCCUGUUAUCCUUGAUGAUGUUGAUCCAACUACAAUCAACUGGAUCACCACUAAUCAAAAUGUUCCACUAGUCAAUCAAAUAUCUACGCUUUUGCCUACUAAUACAGUAUCUAUUUCAAACGUGUUUCCAUUACAGCCUACUCAACAACAUCAACAAAAUACUAUAAAUUUGACGAGUACUUCCCUAGCAACCUUAUGCUCACAGUAUGGUAAAGUCCUUUCUGCGAGAACGUUAGGAGGGUUAAAUAUGGCGUUGGUAGAGUUUUCUACAGUUGAGAGUGCAAUAUGCGCCCUUGAAGCUCUACAAGGUAAAGAACUAUCCAAGGUGGGUGCACCAAGUACUGUAUCUUUUGCGCGAGUUUUGCCUAUGUAUGAACAGCCACCUAAUGUUAGUGGAUUUAGUAAUACCCCAAAACAACCACUAUUGCAGGAGCAGCUUAAUCACGGUGUGCUUAACUAUCAGUCGCAACAACUACUCCAGCAAUCGGAACUACAACACCAACAACAGUCCUCCUCUUUCAAUCAUCCAAAUCUUUCAUACAGUAAUCCCACCCAAAAUUUGAACCAUCUACAACUCUCUUCAACUGAAAAUGAACCUCACCCCUUUCCAUUGCCUCCGCCAUCACUGUCAGAUAAUGAGGAAGAAUUACUAAACACCAUAAAUUCUUUCGGGUUAGAAUAUGACCAUUUAGAGCUAAAUCAUCUCUUACAAAACGCCUUGAAGAAUAAAGGAGUAUCAGACACAAACUAUUUCGGUCCAUUACCUGAGCAUAACUCUAAAGUUUCAAAGAGAAAGGAUUUUUUCGAUCCACCAAAGUUACGAGAAUUAAGGAAGCAGUUUGACUCAAAUGCAUUAUCUACUAUAGAAAUCGAACAAUUGGCAAUUGUCAUGUUGGACCAACUGCCUGAAUUAAGUUCGGAUUAUUUGGGUAACACUGUUGUUCAAAAAUUAUUUGAGAACUCAUCGAAUAUCAUAAGGGAUAUAAUGUUGAGAAAAUGCAACAAAUAUCUGACAUCGAUGGGUGUUCACAAGAACGGUACUUGGGUCUGUCAGAAGAUCAUCAAAAUGGCAAAAACGCCAAGGCAAGUACACUUUGUAACUUCAGGUGUAGGGGAUUAUUGUACUCCACUUUUUAACGAUCAGUUUGGAAAUUAUGUUAUUCAGGGCAUACUAAAGUUCGGUUUCCCCUGGAAUAGUUUCAUUUUUGAAAGCGUUUUGUCUCACUUCUGGACAAUAGUACAAAACAGAUAUGGGUCUCGUGCUGUAAGGGCUUGUCUCGAAGCAGAUUCUACUAUCACUCAGAGUCAAUUAUUGACGAUCACUUCGCUGAUAAUUGUACUCUCUCCUUAUUUAGCCACAGAUAAUAAUGGCACUUUGUUGAUUACUUGGCUUUUAGAUACUUGCACGUUAUCUAAUAAAAACUUGAUUUUGUGCAAUAAAUUGGUAAGUAAAAAUUUGGUCAAAUUAUGUUGUCAUAAAUUAGGAUCGUUAACAAUCUUGAAGAUUAUGAACUUGAGAGGUGGUGAAGAAGAACUUUUGUCCAAAAACAGAAUUGUCCAUGCAAUUUUUGAUGGUCCAGUUUCUAAUGAUUCUGUUUUAUCUCAAAUAUUAGAUGAGGGUAAAUAUGGACCAACAUUUAUUUAUAAAGUCUUAACCUCAAGAAUCCUUGAGAAUAACGUUAGAGAUGAAGUUAUAACAAAGAUUCGUCAAGUGAUUUUGAACUCUAAUAUUAGUUUGCAAAGUCGUCAAUUAUUGGAAGAAGUUGGGUUGUCAUCAGCAGGGAUAUCACCCAAACAAUCUUCUAAGAAUCAUCGUAAACAACAUCCUCAGGGAUUCCAUUCUCCUGGGCGCGCAAGAGGUGUUUCCGUGUCGAGUGUGAGAAGUUCAAAUUCAAGAAAGAAUAGCGUUAUACAAAUGAACAACGCAGGCCCAACACCAAUGUUGAACUUUAACUCAGUCCCAAUGAGUGAAAUAAAUUCAUAUUUUAACAAUCAACAAAUGAUGUAUCCUGGAAAUCAAAAUCAAAAUCAAAACAGUAAUUCGAAUGGAAUCGAUGAGUUGAAAUCACAAUUUGAUUCAUUUAAAAUUGCUAAUGGAACAAAUUUAUCUUUACCCAUAAUCAACCUGCCAAAUACUAACCAUCAAUCAAGUGGAAACAGUAAUAACAAUAACACUGUAUAUUCAAUGCAAUCGAAUUCUCUAAGUCGGUCUGUGAGUCAUAAUAACAGUAACAGCAACAAUAAUGAUAAUAAUAAUAAUAAUGAUAAUAAUAAUAAUAAUAAUAAUAAUAAUAAUAAUAAUAACAAUAACAGUAGUAAUAAUAAUAGUAGUAGUAAUAAUAAUAUCAACAGCAUAAAUGAUACAAAUUUGUCCCGAUACAGGUCAUACGGAUAUUAG